AAGGCAGAACCGAAACUGUUCUCCUAGCAGCUGACAACUAAAUUCCCACUUUGCGACCUUUGCAUGAAUUAGGAGAGGACUCCGAAGUCGCGGCACCAUGAUCCCCUUCCUCUGUGCCCUCUUCUGCUUUUUGCCAGCUAUUGCCACGCAGGAAUCUGUCCUUGAUACAGCACCGUCCUGCCCAACAGAGCUGUCUAUCAGAGGUGGCACCAUGUCACUCUCAGAUGGGUAUCGCCCAGGAAGCGUCCUCACCUAUUCCUGCCCAGCUGGCACCUAUGCAUAUCCAUCACGAAAGCGGAUCUGCCAGUCAGAUGGGAAGUGGACUCCCAUGCGUUUACCCAAUGGAGUCCGUACCAACAUAGCACAAUGCAAAGCCAUGCACUGCCCUCCACAGAAGUUUUUUGAACAUGGCUCUUUCAGCCCGCGACGGAACUACCACCCAAUUGGCGACGUCCUGAGCUUUGAGUGUUCGGAUGGAUACCAGCUUCUCGGUUCUGCUCAGAGGCACUGCCUGCCCAAUGGCCGCUGGAAUGGAACCUCCCCAGUUUGCGACGAUGGAGUGGGGCACUGCCGAAGUAUUGCUGUCCCCCCAGGGGCGAUCGCUUCCAGAGGGCGCAAUGGUCUUGGCGAUCGGGUUUCAUUCCAGUGCCAGAGUGGCCUGGACCUCAUAGGGUCCUCUCAACGCAUCUGUACUCUAGAGGGCGAAUGGUCAGGAGCCGAGCCAAGUUGUCGAGCCCCUUAUUCUUACGAUCGGGCCGAAGAUGUUAGAGCUGAAUUUGGAGCCUCGUUAACGUAUGUCCUGGGUGAGGUAUCGUCUUCUGGGCCUGAUCCUUCUGGAACAUCUGAAGCAGCUCCAGAUUUAGGACGAAGACUUAUUCUGUCCAAAGAUAGUUUCCUCUACAUCUACUUUCUUGUGGAUGCCUCUGACAGUGUUGGUGAAGACAACUUCAGCAUCUUUAAAGAGUGUCUAGACAUCAUCAUCACCAGGCUUGCCAGCUUUGAUGUUUUCAUCAAGAUCUCGGUCAUCUCUUAUGCCAGCCAGCCGAGGGUCAUUGUUUCCAUCUACGAUGAUACAGCUGAAGACCCAGAAGUGGUUCUUGAAAUGAUGAAGCAGAAUAUGAACUACAAAGACCAUGGCAAUGCGACAGGAACCAACAUCUGGGAAGCAAUACGUUCUGUCUACACUAUGAUGACCAAUGACCAGGCAGCUUCCGGAGAGCAAUGGUUCAAUGUCCGUCAUGCUAUCAUCCUGCUCACAGAUGGAAAAUCCAAUAUGGGAGCUCCUCCCAAACUUGCUGUACAGAGUAUAGAAGACUUUGUGAAUGUGAGAAAAAACCGGAACGAUUAUCUGGAUGUCUACGUGUUUGGGGUUGGAAGCAUUGAUGUGGACUGGCAUGCCAUGAAUGAGAUAGCAUCCAAGAAGCCAGGCGAAAGGCAUGCCUUCAAGCUGCAAAACUCUCAGGAACUCAAGAAAGCCUUUGAAGACAUUCUGGACCCCAGAGAUCUGGACGAUAUAUGUGGAUUGGCAAACUACUCUGACAAUGCCAGAUGGGAUCAGAAGAAUCCGUGGCAUGUGCUGCUCCAGAGCGACCUUCAGGUAGACUAUACUUGCCGAGGUGCCUUGAUUUCGAAGACAUGGGUUCUGACCUCCGCUCACUGCUUCAACAAGUUGAACCACACUGCCAGCUGGAUGCUUACUCUGGGAGGAGGAGAGAGCAAGCUAAAAAUAAAGAGACGGAUUGACCAUGAAUUGUACAAUGUUCGGGCUAAGAUGGAUCAGGGCAUCACGGAGUUCUAUGACUAUGACAUCUCCCUUCUUGAACUGGAGAAACCUGUGCAAUUUGGCGGGAGAAUCAGGCCAAUCUGCCUACCUUGUACUGAAGGUGCCAACAGAGCCCUGAAGAAGCGGCCGGGAACCACAACAUGCAAGGAUCAUGAGCUGGAGCUGCUGAGUUUUGAGAAGGUGCCUGCUCAGUUCCUUUCCUUAGACAACAAGAGGAUGAAUGUACAAAUCAAAACAAGGAUGAGUCGUCCCGCAUGCAUUUCCGGAGCUGCUCAAGAGGAUAUGAUAUAUUCAGAAGUGUCUGACGUCUCUGAAGUGGUGACAGACAGAUUCCUGUGCAGUGGACAAGACAAUCCUGUGGAGGCUGCCACUUGCAAAGGUGAAUCUGGAGGUUCACUGUUUGUGGAGAGGAAGGAAAGACAUUUUCAGGUGGGCGUGAUCAGCUGGGGAACAUAUGACCCAUGUAAAAGGAAGAAGAAAACACAGAACAAGGAGACGAUGCGAGAUCCCCCUCCGCACAAACAUAAACCUCGAGAUUUUUAUAUCAGUCUCUUUAGUGUGCAAGACUGGCUGCGACGACACCUGAGCGAUUCCCUGAAAUUCAUCCCUAUGCAAGAAGAAGGACCAGACAUGCUGCGGUUUGACCCACUUUUCUGCAUUCUCGUUUUCCUUCGGGCAAUUUAUACAGAAGCUAAUGAUGCCUCCUGUGACCCCAAAACAGCAGAAAUUAUAGGAGGCUCCUAUGCUCUGCUGCAAAAUGGCACAGUGUUACAGUAUUUCUGCCCGAAUGGAACAUACCCACACCCUACAGACAUACGGACUUGUGAGUAUAACGGGCGAUGGAGCCGCAUGACCAAUCAAUAUGGCAGGAACAUCGCAAAGGCCAAGUGCGAAGUCAUCCACUGCCACCGGCCUCUAGAGUUUGAAAAUGGCCAGUAUGAGCCCCGUCAGCCAUACUACAAUGUAACCCAGGAACUGAGGUUUGAGUGCUACCAGGGGUACACACUGCGGGGGUCCCAGAACCGCAUCUGCCUCCCCAAUGGGAAAUGGAGUGGAGAGACAACUAUAUGUGAUGAUGGAGCUGGUCAAUGCCCUAACCCUGGAAUCCCAAUUGGUGCCCUAAAAACUGGCACUGAAUACCGAGUAGAAUACCGAGUGGCCUACAGCUGUGACAGGGGACUCUCUCUCAUGGGAUCCAAAGUACGGACUUGCAAAGAGUCAGGAACCUGGAGUGGAUCAGAACCAGAGUGUCGAUCUGCAUUUUCCUAUGACACUCCAAAUGAAGUUGCUGCCAAGUUCAUAUCAUCCCUCACUGAGGUUGCGGAGUCUUCAGACCCUGAUAAAAGUACUGCUGUUACAGAGAAGCGUAAAAUUAAGAUUGAGGCAGGUGGCUCACUGAGUAUCUACAUCGUUCUUGAUGCCUCCCGAAGCAUUCAGAAAGACACCUUUAAGAAAGCAAAGGAUGCAGCGAUCAAAUUGAUUGAGAAGGUUUCCAGCUAUGACAUCUCCCCCAAGUAUGGCAUCAUCACCUUUGCCACGGAUGCAAAGCAGGUUGUGAGCACCAUCCACGAAAAGAGCAGUGACGCAGCUUGGGUGAUUGAGAAACUGGAAAACAUGGCACAAGGGGAACACAAGAAGAAGCCUGGAACCAACAUCUAUAAAGGCCUACUUUCUGUAUACACAAUGAUGAUCGAUCAACAAGAAGAUGAGAUCAGACGGAAAUUUAUGCCUCCUCCUGUUGCCAAUAAGACACGUCACGUUAUCCUGCUCCUAAGUGAUGGUGACUACAACAUGGGUGGUACCCCAGUUCCUGUUAUUGGAAAAAUAAAGGACUUCCUUAGAAUUGGUCGAGACAGACACAACCCUCGUGAGGACUACUUGGAUGUUUAUGUCUUUGGUGUUGGGAAGCUGGUCAACAUGGCCAACAUGAAUGACUUGGCAUCUCGGAAGCCUGGUGAGACACACAUCUUCAAACUCAAAGACUACAAUGAUGUACGGGAGGCCUUUGAAGCCAUGAUCGAUGAAAGUCAGGCUUUGUCCAUGUGUGGUUUGACUAAGGAGCACGACUCAGCAGAGCCCCAAGAGAAGUAUCCUUGGCAUGCCACUAUCAGAAUCUUGCGUCCCGGGACUGGAUUUGAGCUCUGUAAAGGAGCCAUUGUUUCCGAGUACUACAUCUUGACGGCAGCCCACUGCUUCACCAUUGAUGACACGGCGGAGCAGAUCACUGUUGUAAUUGGUAAAACUCACUUUGAUGUUGCUGCACUCGAUUCCCACCCGCAGUACACCAUUGGGAAGCUAAAACAUCUUGGAAUCUCUGAAUUCUAUGAUUAUGAUGUUGCCUUGCUGAAACUUGCCAAAAAAGUUGUGUUCUCUUCUAAAGCGAGGACAAUUUGCCUUCCAUGUACAGCAGGGGCCACCCGUGCUCUGAGGAAGACCACUGGAUUCACCUCCUGUAAGGAACAUGAGGAAGCUCUUCUACCUGUUGGGGAUAUCCCUUCCCGUUUCGUAUCUGAUUGUAGCUUCAAUGAUGGACGAGAGAAUGGCCUACAUCACUUAACUGUGAGGAUCAAAAAUGGAGAAAAGAAAAUGGCCUGUGAGGAAGAUGCCAAGAAAGCUGAGCACUACAAAAAUGUUACAGAUGUCUCCCAGGUGGUGACUGACCGUUUCCUCUGCACAGGGGGUACUGAUCCCCAGGUGGACCCCAACACCUGCAAAGGCGAUUCUGGUGGCCCCCUCAUCAUUGAGUACAGGAAUCGUUUCAUCCAGGUGGGUGUGAUCAGCUGGGGUGUAGUUGAUGUCUGCAAAGGUAGGAGGCUGCCUUCAUGCAACAAUAAAGAUAAUCCUGGGGCACUGACUCCUUCCUAUGCCAGGGAUUUUCAUAUCAACCUUUUCAAGGUCUUGCCCUGGCUCAAAGAAAAGCUGUCUCUGGAGAAUCUGGACUUCAUCUGAGUAGAUUUGCUCUUCCCACCACAAGUGGGGUGUAUAAUGUAAAUAGAACUAGUAUCUUGAAAUCCUGUAAUAUGAAUGCAAUGGUUAGCAAAUGUUGUGUAUUCAGUUUCAUUGUCCAAAAAGCAAACAAAACAGCUGUAAUACAUACUCUCAUCAGCUUAUCUUCAACUCUGUGAUAGGAGAUUUUAUAUCCUAUAAAGAGCCACGCAUAUUGCAUACAGUUAUGACUUGUCAUCUGGCACAGAACUUAGUAUCCUCAGGAUCUCAUCGCUCCCUCUCUUUCUUAGAAGUUUCUACAUUAUCUGAUUGCAUAAAUAAGUCUGGAAAAAAAUAAAACAUUAUUUAUUUGAA